UUGAAAUUUAUUUUGAUUCACAGCUUUAUUUCUCUGUUUUUCAAACCUUGUGACUUCUGAUUCCUAUGUUAUAUUGGAACUGUUCGAAGCAACAUACACUAAGGCAUUGGAAUUUAUAAAUAUGUAUGCGAUAUCUAGAAAAAGCCCGAAAUGAGUUAAGUACGAUAGUCUAAACGUUAAUUAAUAGUUAAGCUGAAUAACAUCGGAUGGUGUAAACGCACAAAUAUAUAAUAGCACAGUUUGCUUACCUCAGUUCACUUGUUAGGAUUUUCAAUCAAAAAAAAAAAAGAAACAAGGCAACGUUGCUUUUAUUAAAUGAAGAACACUGCAUAUACGUUUUACUUCUUGGAUAUCAAAGUUCUAGACGAAAGUUUAACUCUCAAUGAAUAAUUGGCCGAAUAAAAGCUCGCCAUCGGCGACAAAACUAUCAAUUGCCGUGGUAUGUGCUGCCAACAUGAAUCGCUCCAUGGAAGCCCAUAAUUUCCUUGCAAAUAAAGGUUUUAGGGUCAAAAGUUAUGGCAUUGCCGAGCGGAUUAAACUGCCGGGCCUUAGCAUUGACAAACCAAAUAUCUAUCGGUUUGGUACGUCGUACAACGAUAUUUAUAUGGAUUUGGUGGUUAAAAAUGAAUUUUUCUAUCGGGAAAAAGGUCUGUUGCACAUGCUUGAACGUAAUCGUAGAAUUAAGAAGUAUCCGCAACGUUUUCAAGAGUGUGAUGAGCAGUUUGAUGUAAUUGUUACUGUGGAGGAACGUGUGUACGAUGAGCUCCUUGAAUUUAUGAGUUCGCGUGAUCCGGUAGAUAAUCGUCCGGCCCAUGUACUUAACAUUAAUGUGGACGACACCCUUGAAGGCGCUCUCCAAGGAUCGUUUGCAAUUGCAGAUUUGCUAAAGAUGUUGUCAAGAGCUAGUGAUCUGGAUAACGAGAUCGACAAGAUUGUGAAUAAUUUUGAAGGACGUCGUAAGCAGCAAGUCUUACACACAGUGGUUUUCUAUUGAUUUUGGAUACCAUAUACUAGAAAAACAAUAUUUGAAUCUCUAGUUUUAAGUAUGAAUUUGCAAUGUCUUGAAUUUGUUGAUCGAAUAAAUCUUGUAA